GCAAUCUCAUCUUGUUUGGACAACACUUGAAGAAGGGACGUUUCCCUUCUGCUCUCUCCAAUUCUCUCUCCAGAGCCACGGCUUGGCCUGGAACUGGAUCUCAGGUGGCCAGGGCAGUGAAAGCAUAACUUAGCCCUCCAUGGAUCUGCCUUACUACCAUGGCCAGCUGACCAAGCAAGAAUGUGAAACCCUGCUCCUCAAGGGAGGGGUGGAUGGCAACUAUCUGAUAAGAGACAGCGAGUCUGUGCCAGGAGUCCUGUGCCUCUGCGUCUCGUUUAAAAAGUUUGUUUACACCUACCGAAUCUUCAGAGAGAAACAUGGAUAUUACAAGAUACAGACUGUGGAAGGUGCUCCAAAACAGAUCUUUCCGAACCUAGAAGAAUUAAUCUCCAAGUAUGAAAAGCCAGGGCAAGGUCUGGUGAUUCACCUUUCAAACCCAAUAAUGAGAAACAGCUUCUGCCCAAGAGGGAGAAGAAUGAGGUUAGAGAUGAACAUUUAUGAGAACUCUAACGAGGACUAUGUGGCUAUCUUGCCUUGAAGACAAGGACAUAGGACAAAAUAAGCUAAGAAGAGCCAAAAUGGCAGAGCUCUCAGCUGCCACCACCUCUGCAAGAGUCGAUCUAAAAUGCCAAAUUCUAGAGGGCCUCUGAGACCCUCCUGACCUGGUAGUUGGAUCUUCUCUACUGAAGCCUUGGAGAAGUCCCUCCCCACACACGCGCCUCCUGGCACACUCACAAGAAGCUGCAAAGACACCGUCACCUGUUACUCUCCUAUCUUGGAAUUGGACAGCUGGAAUCCAGGCAUUGCCACUGCAUCCUGGCUGACAAUAUCUAACAGGACAAAGGGAAGGGCAGCUCCCAGAGAGGAAACAAUAUUCUGUAGUGACUUCAGAGUCGCAGACCCGUGUUCUGUGACUUUGGACAAAGCACCCUCUCUGGCGUGGUUGAGUGGUUCAUACACACUAACCUGGAUCCUCUGUUGAGCCUGCUUGUCCCAGGUGGAGUUGGCGUCUGAGCAGAGGAAUCAAGGUCUAAGGAGGCUGAAGAAGCAAACAUGUCCUCUUAGUCCUGAGGAGGGCUGUGCUCCACCCAUGUCCUCUUAGUCCUGAGGAGGGCUGUGCUCCACCCAUGUCCUCUUAGUCCUGAGGAGGGCUGUGCUCCACCCAUGUUCUCUUUCCCUUCAGUUUGAGCUAGUCCCAUCUCUUCUAAGGUUGACUUCCUGCCAGACUUUCAUCCGGCCAUGGCUUUUCCUGAUUUUCCCCAAUUCUGUAUAUGCGGCAAUCACUUUGUCAGUUCUGCCUUCUGAUAAAUGUGAUAAAAGUAUUUAUUUUUUGUUACUUUAUUAGCAUACAGAGAAAUGGGUUUUAUUCUGACCUUUUGAUAUCUAUAAAUCAUCAUACUUUGG